AUGUUAUUCAUUCACAUUCUAUCAUAUCUAAUAAUAUUGGAUUUAAUGUUACAGAUUGAUUCAACCAGAGAAAAGAUAACUUCUGAAAAAUGGAACAAUCUACUAAAUACAGAAUUAUUUACAGAUCAAACAAUAAAAUUACACAUAGAAAAGGAAUGUAUACAGACACUAGCAAAUGUUUCUAUAAAUAAAAAAUCUGAAAUUUCCUGCGAGUCAUUUGCAAAUUUUAUAAUCGAUCUUUUAUUUCAAGAACAUAAUGGUAAAUUACCAGAUAAAAUAAAUCUCGAUGUCUGUACUGGAUGUAAGAUGACAGUGAUUGCAGUAAAAUUCAUAUUACAACUUUCACAAGUUACUUACUAUAUUAACAAAUUUAUUGAUCAAUUGUGUAUAUUCACUGGACCAUAUUUAUCUGAAUGUUCAUUUGUUGCUCAAAACUAUGCUGGUAUAUUAAUAAAUUUAUUCGAAAAUUCAACUGUUCCUAUGAUCUGUCAGAGAUUGAUGAUAUGUUAA